GACAAUUGUAUAGAGGAGGCGUUAAUGGCGAGAUACAAAAGUCUGAUCGUAGCUACUUUGUUGCGAGCUUCUCGCCGUUUAACCUCACCGGCCAUCUCCUCCUCUAGGAGAACCUUCUCUUCUUCUUCUUCUUCUUUACUUUCACGGACAACAACAACAUCCUUCACACUUCCUCGCCGUUCUUCUCCUUUCUCUAACUUUUAUUUUUCUUCCUCCUCUUCUCCUCCUUCUCUUCGACCUCCGAAGCCCGCCGCUGUUAAUGUCCACGAAGAAGACACUUUUGACUAUAAAACAACUGAGGAUGUGGAGGUCAUAGAUGAUUGGGAAGAAGAAGACGAGGAUGUUGAACCAAAGCUUGGGGAUGGAGGAGAUGGUGGUGGAAUUGUUCUCAGAGGUGUGUCAUGGGGUGAAAGAGCUCUCUCUAUUGCUUCCGAAGUUUUGAUGCAGUCUGAGCAAGAUUUGCAACUCUUUGCUUUUAAAACUUCUCCUCGUGGAUAUAUAUACAUCAGACUCGACAAACCCUCUCAUGAAUAUGGAUGUCCCAGCAUGGAUGAGCUUGAGGAAUUUAGUCGAGAAUAUAAGAGAAGAUUAGAUGAGGCAGGGGAAGCAAAAGCAAUCCCAGAGGAUCUAGCCCUUGAGGUAUCAUCUCCAGGAGCAGAGAGGCUGCUGAAAGUUCCAGAGGACUUGCACCGAUUCAAGGAGAUGCCGAUGACAGUAAGCUACGAAGAGGAAACAAACUCAAGGAAAACAGUGAAGAGUACAGUGUUCCUCUUGGAGUCUGUAGAUGCAGAAUCGGAGAUGUGUGUUUGGAAGCUAGCAGAUGUGAGGGAGAACAGAGAUCCGGAAAGCAAAGGUAGGCCGUUGAGUAGGAAACAAAAGGACCUGAGAAUCAAACUGCCUUUCUCAGUUCACAGGAUGAUAACUCUCUACUUGGAUUAGUUAAGCAGAAGUUUAUUGCCUUAGUUUGUCUCUUAGGGGUUAACAUUGUUACUUUCCCAUAACCUAUCUAUCCCACCGGGCAUAUCUACUCUGAGCUCACAACCUUUUAAGGUUGAGUUUGAUCAUUGUGGUUUAUAUAGUUGAUUUUUGCAUGAGUUGAGAUGUUGAGUGAGAUAAUGAAACAGCUGAAAAAUUUCACAAUAU